AUGUGACAGGGGGUUGGAGCUUCAUCAUCCUUGAGGUCCCUUCCAACCCUGGCCAUUCUGUGAUUCUGUAACGUAAGGGGCAGUGAGCCCUGCGGGGCUUUCAGACCUCGUCAUGAUGUGAAAUGGGAUGAUGGUGCUUCUCUCUGGUGAUGGGUCCAGGCGGCACAGAGCAGUGGUGGAACAGAGCUGCCACAGUUUGUUCUUAAGGGCUGAGAGAAGGGAUGUGUGCCUGUGUAAAGGCCUGGGGAGGGUGGGCUCAGGGUUGGUGCUGCAGGGACUCAGUGCUGUGUGUCUAUCAUCUCUUUGGUCAGGGCUGCUGCCGUGUGAGUGCUGCUGUGCUUUGCUUCUGGGAGUGCACACAGGGUGUAUUUCAGGGCAGGGCUUGUUUCUCUUGUGAAGCUGAUUAAAGAGUGUAAGCACGGAGGCACGUCAAGAAUAGCACAGCUUAUUUCUUCUAAUGCAGAAGUGUGAGUCACAACGGGGCAUUUAGCAUAUAGAAGCGAUUAGUGCCUGCAGUGCCUGCAGCUGCUGGUUGCCCUCUGCCACUGAGGGCAGGUGGAGCUUCAGCAUCACUGCUUUGGGGGCAGAGUGCAGCUCUGUUUUGCUGGGACCCGUGUUGGCUGUGGUGCUCACAGCCCCGUGGUGCUGGGCUCAGAGCAGCAGCAGUGAUGGCCGGCCCUGUAGGGGCUGUAGGAACGUUGCCCUUCUGUGCAGCUGCUGCCCAAAGCACGGGGCGACUGAAUGGUGAGAGAUCUGCCUGAUAAGCAGAGCUGGCACAAAGCAAACCUGUGAUUUCUCCUGCUGUGUGAAGGCUGCUUACUCCUCUGCAAGCAGAACUUUCUGUUCCCAGCAAACUGGAAAACUGCUGUGCCGUAAACAAGACAGAACUUGUAUUUGUGCAUGAUUCUCCAGAGGCACCGCUAUGCAAAUGGCUUGUGAAGUAGCAAAGGCUCCAGAAAAAUCAGAGUUCAGCUGAAUGGUGCGGCUGCUGGGAUUGUGAGGGUUAAACCCUCCCACUGACCUCUGCUGUGGGGUUGGAGGUCUGAGUGGCUCCUUUGGCCCACGGUGUUUUCUGACCCACCUGCAGAGCAUGAGGCUGUCAGCACGAGGAGUAUUUCCAUCAGGGAUGAGGGUUUAGUAGGAGAAAUGAGUGUUGUUGUUUGCUAAUAAAGUAAUAUAACAUAGAGGUGUAGUAGGGGCCAGUGUAAGUGUAUUGGCAGAGAUAUAGAAUAGGUCAAAACCAGCUUUCUGUGCAUGGAGUUCAGGUGUCAGAUCCUCAUUCUUGCAUGAGCACUGAAGUUAUAUUCAAUAAAUGAUGGCAGUAUUGAAGGAACAGUAAUUAAAUGCAUGCUUUCUGUGGCAUUGAUUUUUAUUUUGUUUUAUUUUUUUUCCUUUGGGCCUGUUCCAUUAGCAGUGCAUAAUGGCAUUCCUCCGACAUGUACUGCAACGUUAACCUGACCAUUGGCUUUGUGGAUGUGGACCAAGUUGGGCUGCAUUCAUCACUGCCUUCAGCCUCAGUGCUGUUUGCAGCUGUGGGAUCCAGAUGUGCAACCCACAGUAGCACUGCUUCUAAAUAUCCCUGCUCUCCCAUUAAGUAGCUCCUGGUGAAGGUUGUGCUGUUGCAUUGGCCCUUAGGCUCUGCCUGCACCAUCUGGGUGUGCAUAUGUUCGUGACCCUUUGGGAAGAGGUGAAAAAUGAAUCUUCUGCAACUGGUCUUUGGAGCCGAGGAGGGCAGAGCAUUUGUGUUGUGUGUGCUGUGCUUUCCCACAGGGAAGCUGCAGGCUGGAAAACUGGGAGCUGAAGUUCAAUAGAGAUGAUGGGUUGCAACUUCGUGUGCGAGGUGUUUCUGUGGGUAUUGAAAUGGGUAUUUUGCCUUCUGUUUUUCAGGUUUUCAGGAUGAAUCUGGAAAAACUCAGCAAACCAGAACUACUGACGCUGUUUAGCAUUUUGGAGGGAGAGUUAGAAGCAAGGGAUCUUGUCAUCGAAGCCUUAAAGGCCCAGCACAGAGACACCUUCAUUGAAGAACGCUAUGGAAAGUACAACAUCAGUGAUCCUUUAAUGGCUUUGCAGAGAGAUUUUGAGGCUCUGAAGGAGGCGAAUCAUGGUGAAAAGCAGCCAGUAUGCACCAAUCCCUUAUCCAUCCUGAAGGUGGUGAUGAAACAUUGCAAGAAUAUGCAGGAAAGAAUGUUAUCCCAACUAGCUGCUGCAGAAAGCAGGCACAGAAAGGUGAUCCUGGACCUGGAGGAGGAGAGGCAGAGGCAUGCCCAGGACACAGCAGAGGGAGAUGAUGUCACCUACAUGCUGGAGAAGGAGCGGGAGAGGCUCACCCAGCAGCUGGAGUUUGAAAAAUCCCAGGUGAAGAAGUUUGAGAAAGAACAGAAGAAGCUCUCGAGUCAGCUGGAGGAGGAGAGGGCACGCCACAAGCAGCUGUCCUCCAUGCUUGUCGUAGAGUGCAAGAAAGCCACUGCCAAAGCAGCAGAAGAGAGUCAGAAGACGGCAGAACUGAGCUUGAAAUUGGAAAAAGAGAAGAGUAAGGUGAGUAAGCUGGAGGAGGAGCUGGCAUCCAAGAGGAAGCGGGGCUUACAGAUGGAAGCACAAGUAGAAAAGCAACUCUCGGAGUUCGACAUUGAAAGAGAACAGCUGAAAGCCAAGCUGAACAGAGAGGAGAACCGUACAAAAGCACUGAAAGAAGAAGUGGAAUCUUUGAAGAAAGCCCUGAAAGAGCUGGAGGCUGCUUGCCAGGAGCACGGUCCUACUGAGCCUUCGCAGCCAAGUCUCUCUGUGACGUCCAGAGGCAUUGCUACUGACAGCCCUGCCAUCAAGUCUGUGUCAUGCCAGACAGAGUUUCCACAAGCAGACCGAGCAAAUCCUGCUGGUGCGAGCAAAGCUGUGCACACUGCAUUUCCCAGCCCUCCUACACCUACUCAUUCCUAUGCGAAAUCCAAUGGUCACUGUGAUACAGACACGCAAGCAGGUGGUGAGCAGCUGCAGACAAAUGCUGCGGAGAGCCAAGUGCAGAAGGAGAAACUCACCCAUGCAGCACCAGAAAACACAGUUGAGAAUGGAAGUUCUCCCAUAAGAACAGAGUCACCAGUGCACCUGCUGUCCCAGCUCCCUUCCAGCGGGGCAUCCCUGUCUCCCAGCAGCACGGCUGCCUCCUCCCUCACACCUUCUCCCUGCUCCUCACCCGUUCUGAGCAAACGCUUGGUGGGAGCUCCUGCAGGCAGCCCUGGUUACCAAUCCUCCUACCAGGUGGGGAUCAAUCAGCGUUUCCACGCAGCUCGGCACAAGUUUCAGUCUCAAGCUGAACAGGACCAUCAGUGCAGCGGGCUGCAGAGCCCACCAGCGAGGGAUCUGUCUCCUACUCUAGCAGAUAACUCUGCUGCCAAGCAGUUAGCACGCAACACGGUCACUCAGGUCCUGUCCAGAUUUACCAGCCAGCAGGGUCCGAUUAAGCCCGUCUCCCCUAACAGCUCACCUUUUGGCACAGACUAUCGAAAUCUGGCAAAUGCUGUGAGCCCUAAAAGUGAAUCUGGUCAUUCUCCGAGCCCUGGCAAGGUUUCCAGCCCGCUCAGCCCGUUGUCUCCUGGGAUUAAGUCACCAACCAUCCCUCGAGUGGAAAGAGGGAACCCUCCACCCAUUCCUCCAAAGAAACCUGGCCUGGCUCAGUCUCCUGCUGCUCCAGCUCCGCUCACCAAAGCCUCUUCUCAGUCAUCCUCCCUGGGUGCCCCCAUGGACGUGGCAAGCAGUUGCUCCAAUAAUGCCGUGGUGUCCAAUGGCAAAGACAUUGAGAUCCUCCUGCCAACCAGCAGCUAGUCUCCAGCAAAUGUGAAUGUGACAUUCCGUGGCUUAGCUGGAGCUGAGGCACUGUUUUUUUCCACUCCGUGUUAUUUAUUUCCAUAGUAGCAGAAUCUGUCUGUAUAAAGCAUUUAGUAUAUUUUGUUUUUUUCUUUUUUAAUAGGUAGGAAAAUAUUUUUGUUUAUGAAGAAACCUUAACUACAGCUAUAUACAGCAGCCUCAAAAUGUCUCAUGGCAACAGUCAAAUCAAUAACAAGAACCCUGCACUGGAUCUUACCUAUCAAGCUAAAGUGGGACUGAAACGCUACUUAGAAACUAAGCAGAAAUAACUUCUGCAGACUUUUUACUCCAGAUGAACAUUUUAUAUAUAUAUAAAAAAAAAAAAAAAAGUGCCUGAACUUAAGCCUGCAUUCCAAUAUGAAUGUGAUCCUUUGGAAAAGGUGAGGAUGGGGACCAUCUAGCUGCAGGAUCAGAUCCUUCUGUGAGUCGUGAAUGUUUAGGACGACACUGUUUUUGAUUCUUUCCAUUUGCUGCAGUUAAGUGAGCAAAUGUCUUGUGGGAUUCUGUAAGGUGAGCACCAAGCUGCUACGGCAGCCACAGCCACACUGCAUCCCUCAGGAUGGGUUUUGGGAAGCAAUAUGAGUUUCCUGGGGUAGAACUGAGCAAUACAACCUUUCCUUUCUGGAUGUGAGGGCAGUGAGGUGCUGGAACACAGAACUGUGGGUGCCCCCAUCCCUGGAGGUCGGGUUGGCUGCCCUAUUUAUGUGCUGGGGGGGCACCCAGGGUAGGGGUUGGCACCAGGUGGUCUUUAAGGUCCCCUCCAACCUCUGAGCCAUUCUAUGACUCGCUGUCCAAGCAGUUGAUUUGCUUUCCUGUAGCACAUCCCACGUGCUUUGAUGGCUGGACUCCAGAUUCUGGUGUGUCCCUUUUUAAUUUCCACUUUCUUUAAGCAUUCUACUGUUGUGUGUAGAACUUCUGAGAAAAGGAUCUUGCUAUUACUUUAUCAAGGUCUUGCUAUUACUUGAAAACAAGAGAACCAAAACACUAGUCCAUAUGAUACAGGUGGGUUUUUUUUUGCAACGUGGGAUCUUCUGCUCUACACAAAAGCAAUAAUUUUGUUCAUCAUUUGCACCCAUGGCAUCCAGCUGACCUGGAGUUAGCUGUGGGUUUUUUUGGCUUUCAUUGGCUGCUGCAAAUAGGGAACCAAAUAAUUGCUGUCCUAUGUGUAGGUAGUGUCACACACACACAUUAAGUACACAAUGCGUUAUCAAAGUCUAUUCUUGAGCCUUUCCUGAAUAAAAAGAGAGCAUAGGAAUUCUCUGAGAUGAAAAACCAUUUAGAGCAAGGGGCAUGGAUGAAGUUUGAGGCAAGAAAAUCAAUGUGGACCCAAAUUGGGCAGAGCAGCUGCUUCUGUGCAGGAUAUGCAGCCCUCAUUCUGCAUGCAGUGCUUGGCUCCAUGCAGCCAGCAGUGCCUGUGGGAGGCAGAGAGCAAAACCCUGAGUUCAUUUCUCAGGUGUUGGUUGUGAUCCUGCACUCAGAAGCAUCAGGUUGCCUGCAGCCAGAGCUGCUUUCUCCUUCAGCCUCGUGAGAUAUUUAAUUAAACAAAACACAUCCCACUUUGCCAUAGGAGAAAAGCCCGGCGGCAGCUGGGAGGAUGCACUGCUGUACCUUAAUGAGUUCCCUGAGCUUCGGGUCUCCCUUUGUAGGAACAUCAGAGCUGUGUGCUGCUUUCAAGUGGCUGCUGCCCGCAGUGCCCCUGCUGCCCUCCCUGCACAGACAUCCAGAUCCAUACCCACCCAUCAGUAGCCUUCAAGUUCUGUGCUGUAAUUCCUGCCCCCUGGGAGCAGCAGCAGCCCUUUGGGAAGCACAUUUACUCCUCUUUUUAAACACUCAUAGCAGAUUUGUUUUUUCCCCUCGGUGAGUGUAAUCCUAGAGAUGGAUGGGCAGAUGGAUUCAGGCCCACGCGUGGCUUUUGAUUCAAAAGCAAGGCUUUGUACACACUGCUUUAACACGUUCCUUUGCUUUUACAUUGAUGUACAUUGUAUUAUCCCCCCUCCUUAUAGCUCUAGAGAGAGGCUAUGAUGAAGUUUAUUAGGAAAUGCACUGAGUACUGUUUCUUCUAAAAUAUACUAUGGGAAGGGGUAUGCAGAAGAAUGUAUUUUUGCUAGCAGCAGAUCUUUCAGGUGGGAAUUAAGCACAAAGAUGGCAGUGGCUCCAUUUAACUCAAUGAGGAGCUUCAAGGUAGAAUGUCCACGUAGACUCUGUGUGAAAGCAGCUAAAUAUCACUCCUAGAACUCACACCUGUUACAAGCAAGAGUUAUCACUGGAGAAUGGAGUAUAAUGAAGUGCAAAGACGUGUACUCUUGUAUUAAUCCAUUAACACUUGUACAUUUGUAAAGCCAAACGUACCGAGCUGAAGUCUUUAAUCAUUUUUAUAGCUGACGGCAUUAAACGUGUUAAACAUUCGUAUGAUCAAUAAAGGAUUUUAUUUUUAA